AAACACUACUCUACAAGUGCAAAUGACAAAUUUACCCUUCCGGACCCACUACCUAUUCCCGGCUGCACUCGCAUCACUUCUUUUCCUCGGGUCCCUGCGAAUUGUCUUGGACAAUUUACAAAACAGCCACCACACCUGCGCCUUUUUCCGGCCACUGAGUGGUGGUUAUCGUGUCAUCAGACCACCCAUUCGUGUCUCCGAUGAAGAAACCAUAAAAGACGGCUGCAAUAUCUUUGAAGGGAAAUGGGUUCAGGGAAACGGGUCGUACCCGCUUUACACAGAAGAAAGCUGCCCGCUUUUGGUCAAACAAGUGACCUGCCAGAAAAACGGGAGGCCCGAUUCGUCAUAUCAGAAGUGGAAAUGGCAACCAGAUGGAUGCAAUUUACCAAGGUUCAAUGCUUUGAAAUUGUUGGAGAUUUUGAGGGACAAAAGACUCAUGUUCGUAGGGGACUCGGUUCAAAGAAGCAUGUUUGACUCGAUGGUGUGUUUGGUGCAAUCUGUGAUUCCUGAAGGCAAGAAGUCUCUUCGAAGAGACCCUCCAAGAAAGAUUUUCAGAGCUGAGGAAUACAAUGCAUCUAUUGAGUUCUACUGGGCUCCAUUUCUAGUCGAGUCUAUUUCAGAUCAUGCAACGAAUCACACAGUGAUGAAACGAUUAGUCAGACUUGACUCGAUAUCUAACCACAGUAAACAAUGGGAAGGAGUUGAUAUAUUGGUCUACGAAAGCUACGUAUGGUGGAUGUAUAAACCCACGAUCAAUGUCACGUAUGGUGAUCUUGGACAUGUUGAGGAGUAUAAUGUAACCAUAGCGUACAAAAUAGCAAUGGAAACUUGGGGAAAGUGGAUCGAAGCCAGUAUUAAUUCUCAAUCACAGAAAGUUUUCUUCAUGACUAUGUCUCCAACACACUUAUGGAGCUGGGAGUGGAAGAAUGGAGAUGAUGGGAACUGUUUCGGUGAAUCGGAACCUAUACAAAGACCGUAUUGGGGAACCGGUUCAAAUCUUGAUAUUAUGGGGAUUGUUAAAGAUGUUUUGGGAAAGUUGAGGGUUGAUGUGAGAUUAUUAAAUAUUACCCAAUUGUCGGAGUAUAGGAAAGAUGGUCAUGCAUCGGUUUAUGGUGAAAGGAAAGGGAAAUUGUUGACAAAAGUGCAAAGAUCAGAUCCGAAAAACUAUGCGGAUUGCAUUCAUUGGUGUUUACCGGGAAUUCCUGACACGUGGAAUGAAAUUUUGUAUGCGGUUUUGUUACAGGAUUAUCGUGUUUCUUGAUAUUAUUUGUAGAAUAGAGAAAAGUACUUUGAUAACUUUGUAUUUAAAAACAAUUUUUGGAGAGGAAAUGAGGGUUAUAAAUUGAAAAUUUGGGAGGAAGACUGAAGGAUUCAAGAACACAUCUCAAUCUUCAUACACAAGCGUCAAUGGAGCUAAAGUAGUGCUAACCUCUGUAAACUUUGUUCAACUAAUCAAGGAGGUUUUUACUUUAUGUUUUUACGUUCUUGAGCUUAUUUUGUUGAACAUUAGUUUAUUAAACAUUUGGUUCUAAGGCUGUGGCAAUAUAUUUUACAAUUAAGGGACAUAAGUGUUCUUAAAACACACAAUGUGUAAGUACGCAAAAGAAACUAACAAGCCACUAGAUACGAUGACUACUUCCAUUAUGAACUCAUAGAAAAGCAUAUUGAUACAUAACUAGUGUUCAAAAGAGCAACAUGCAUGGUAAUCAUUCACCACAAUUAUAAAGAAUGGUAGUUACCUAAACAAAUUAAAAUAAGUAAUCCACCAUAAGAAGAAGCGCCACCAGGUCCUCCACCACCAAAAUGUGAUGCAAAAGAACCCUGCAUUGAGCUUUUCUGGUUCAAAUUCAUUACUUAAUUAGGGCUGAGCACCAUCACCUGAUCCUUGAACUUGGGGGGGCGCGGUGGUGGCAGCUGGUGGUGAAGGCAUACCGCUAAGAUUUCCUCUUUUAUUAUCAUCAGCAAAUCCACAAUUGAGUUGAUGCCCAUCGGAUGAAUCAACGAAGCCAUAGCACCCUCCAUCAAUCAACGAACGACACAUCUAGGGUUGGUUUGUGAAUUCGCCAUAGCACCCUCCAUCAAUCAACGAAGCCGAGUAAUAGUCAUUCUCCCAUCAAUUUGAUUGCUAGGUUCCAUUAAAGCCAUUAACGCGCCAUCUCUAUACGUAACAAAACCGUAGCCUUGACUAUUUCCGGUAACCUUAUCGACAAUCACAAUGGCAUAUGUAGCAAAUAAAGCGCGGAGUUUGUCGGUGGUUGUUCCCAACCAGGCUGCGUAUAAAUAGUUUGUGUUGGUUGAGAUCAUGGUCGGCGAUUGAUCUAACGGGUAACGGCGUCAAGGACGUCUGGGUGACGGAUGGAAGUUGUUAGAACGAUUUCAGACAGCUGUUCUGGGUGAAAGGUUCGAUGACUUAUCGGAGGGAUUCAUUCAACUACAGAAAUCCUAGUGAAGAUUGUAGCGAGAGUGGCAGUGUUGGUUGUUUUCUUGAAUGGUGUGGGAUAGAAUUUUAAUUUGUAAAAUCCAGAAAGUAAAGGGAUCCAUUUGCUAUUUUGGAUUUUGCUCAUUAUAAC